AGUUUUGACAUCUGAGCGCAGUGUGAUCACUGUCUAUGAAGGCAGUGACAUCCAGCUCACCUGUGCACUGAUAAGACAUUACCCAGCGCUCACAGAGAUCACCUGGUACAACAACUCAAAGCUGAACAUUAGUGACAUGCCCAAAAAGUACAUCCUCCAGCAAGCUGCACCCUGGUACAACCUCACAGUGCGGGACACAGACAGUGCGGUGGACAGUGGGCAGUACUGGUGUUCUGCUGCAAAUGCUGUUGGAAGAACAGAGAUGCCCAUACAGUUGCAAGUGAUGAAGUACCCAGUGCCUCCAAACAUCACCAUCAGUAAAGUCACAUACAGCGGCCGCCAGCGGACAGACGUUAACGUGGAAUGGACAAACCAGACAGAUGGUGAUAUCACUGGGUUCAUUAUAGAGUACCAAAGGCUCCCCAAUCCUCUGGAGAGGAGUGACAUUGCCUCUCUCUGGCAGAAAGUGGCAGUAGAUGUUCAGCCCAGCGUCCACAACUACCAGAUCAACAAUCUGGAUCCUGGCAGAGCAUACACUUUCCGCGUCACAGCGGUGAACCGGCGCACCGUUGGGAAUCCUUCUGACAUCAAGAGCCCAGUGUCCAUGUCAGUGUCUAAACCCUACCCUGUGCUGAGUGAUCCCUCACCGGUGGAAGGCACGCCACUGUGGAUGCGCUGUGGUCUGGAGAAUGGCACGGAGCCCAUUAAUUACACAUGGGAGCAGGAGAGCCAGAGUGGACUGGUCACCACGCUGACUCAGAGCAGCAACAGCAGUCUGAUCAACAUAUCCUGGGUCACACGUAACCACACAGGCUGGUACAGGUGUCUGGCCAAGAACGAGGUUAACCAGCAGUACAGUGACCGAGUCUGGUUAGAUGUUAUAUAUGGUCCAGACUUGCCUCAAAUUGAUGUCACACCCUCUUCAGGAACAGAGGGUGGCUUCUCUGCCCUGGAGAAAGGGAACAUUUCCCUCAUGUGUCAAGCCUCCUCAAACCCUGCCAGUCAGUACUACUGGUUCUACAACAACUCCCACAUAUACAGCAGACCACAGCUCACCAUUAUCAAGAUCCUGAGGAUGCAGACAGGCAACUACACCUGUCAGGCCAAGAACAGUUACCUCAACACUACUUCAACAAAAACUACAACUCUUACUGUCUACUAUCCACCAGAUGGAGCUCCAUCAUGUAACAUGUCCCCAGUGAACAAUUACUCUGACCUGGCCCUCUCCUGCUCCUGGGUGGGUGGAGACCCUCCAGCUACUGUGAAGUGGAGUCCAUAUUCGAAUGGAACAAAAAACAGAGAAGGAAUCACAAACAUCACUCAGAUCCAGUCAGGUUCUGACACAGCUAACAACUCUGUGUUCACAUGUUAUGGAUCACAUGUGGCGUUAAAUGUUCCACAGAGCUGCACCACCAGAACAUGGCUUCCUUAUGGAGAACCCCAGUGUUCUGCUAAUUCCAGUUGGGAUAAUGAGUACCUGCUGCUGUCCUGCUCCUGGGAGGGUGGUGUUCCUCAGGCUCUGCUCUGGUGGGCCUCAGGUUCAGGGGACAUUCAGGGCUCAUCUGAGGAGAACUCCAACAGUCUGCUCCUGAGAUCCAGUUCCAAUUACAGCGGCAAGGCCUUUGUAUGCCAUGCCAAACAUCCAUUAGCCAAUAAGAGCAGACAGUGUGUGUUAAAAAUGGAGGCUCCAGUGUUGGUGGCUCAGCGCAGUGUGGUUUCAGUCUUAGAAGGUAGUGACGUCCAGCUCUCCUGCAUUCUGAACCGAAGCUACCCUGCCGUCACAGAGAUCAGCUGGCGCAGUAAUACACAGCAAAGGGUAGAGGAUAAACCCUUAAAGUAUACUGUGAAGCAAGCUGCCGGUUGGUCCAACUUGACGGUGCGGGAGACGGACGGCAUGACAGACAGUGGCCAGUUCUGGUGUUCUACUGCGAAUGCUGUUGGAAAAGCUGAGAUUCCCAUCACACUGCUGGUGAUAAUGCCUGUCUCCAAACCGUACGUCUUGCUGAGUGACUCUUCACCAGUGGAAGGCAUGUCGCUGUGGAUGCGCUGUGUUGUGGAGAAGGGCACAGGUCCUGUAAACUACAGCUGGGAGCAGGAGAGCCAGAGUGGGUUGCUCACAACACCGGCCAGUUGGAACAACAGCCUGGUCAAUGUCACCUCAGUCACCCGUAACCACAGCGGCUGGUACAGGUGCCUGGCCAGAAACGCUGUUAACCAGCAGCGCAGUGAGCAUACAUGGCUGGAUGUUUUGUAUGGUCCAGAUUUACCUCAGGUCGAUGUUGCGGCCUACUCAGUAACGGCUCUAGGAUACUCCGCCCUGGAAAAAGGAUCUGUUUCUCUCAUGUGUCAAGCCUCCUCUAAUCCUCCCUGCCAGUACACCUGGUUCUACAAUAACUCAGAGAUCUACACUGGAUCACAGCUCACUAUCACCAAGCUGCUGCGCGGGAACAGUGGGUACUACUCCUGUCUGGCACAGAACACCCAACUCAACACCCGCUCCAAGAAAACCAUCACCCUCACCGUCUACUAUCCACCAGAUGGCGUCCCAUCUUGUUCCAUAUUCCCAUCAAACAACUACACUAACCUGGCGCUCUACUGUUCCUGGGAGGGAGGGUACCCACCAGCGACACUUAAGUGGAGUCCAUAUGUAAAUGGAGACAACCCACAGGGACUCGGAAAUAUCACUCGGAUUCAGGCAGGCCCUGACACUGCUAACAGCUCUGUGUUCACCUGUUAUGGGUCACAUGUUGCCUUACCAACCACCCAGAGCUGCAGCACCAGGACAUGGCUGCCCUACGGAGAACCCCAGUGUUCUGUAUAUGUGACUCGUAAUAAUGAGUACCUGAUGCUCUCCUGCUCCUGGGAGGGUGGGUUUCCUCUGGCUCUGCUGUGGUGGGUAUCAAGUUCUGGAGACAUGCAGGGCACAUCUGAGGAGAACUCCAACAUCCUGAUCCUGCGCUCUGGUGCCACGAACAGUGGCAAAGCGUUUGUGUGCCAUGCCAAACAUCCACUAAUUAAAGAGAGCAAGCAGUGUGUGUUAAAGCUUGAGGCUCCAGUCUUGAUGACACAGCGCAGUGUGGUCUCUGUCUAUGAGGGUAAUGACGUCCAGCUCACCUGCAUUCUGAGUAAGAACUAUCCAGCAGCUACUGACGUCACCUGGUACAAUAACUUAAAGCAGAAUGUGGGAGAUACACCCAAUAAAUACAUCCUUCAACAAGCUGCAGCCUGGUCCAACCUGACAGUUCGAGAAACAGACAGCAGGAUAGACAGUGGCCAGUACUGGUGUUCUGCUACAAACGCUGUCGGAGGAGCAGAGAUCCCUGUUUUAUUGGUGGUGAUGAGAUACCCAAUGCCUCCAAACGUCACCAUCAGCAAACUCACAUACAACAGCCAGCAGCGCAGAGAUGUCACUGUGGAUUGGCUCCUGCAGACAGAUGGUCAACUCACUGGAUUUCUCAUUGAGCAGCAGAAGCUGCCUGGUUCUGUAGGAAAGAGUGAAAUUGUUUCUUCCUGGCAGAAAGUGGUAGAAAAUCUGGAGCCCGGCACUCGCAGCCACCAGAUCAACAAUCUGGAACCUACUGGAAAAUAUGCAUUCCGUGUGACGGCUGUUAAUCACCGCACCACUGGACAUCCUUCACAGAUCAGGAGUCCAGCCCCUCCUCCCUUCCACGCUUAUCCUGCUGUUAUUGGAGCAGCUAUUGGUGGAAUGCUUGUAGCGACAGUAUUGACUGUGCUGAUCUUCAUUUAUGUCAUGAGGAACCGCAACAACAUCCCACGUCUCCAUGAUAUGAUAUUUGGCAGCCAGUCCAGAGAAAACAUCAACCUCCCAGAGGACGAGAUCAGUGGAGGAGCUGAAGGACACUGAGAGGGUUCCUCCAGUUCAGCAGACACAAGCAAGACUACAUUGUGAAGGCCACACACCAAUGCCUGUUGUCCAAUACUUUUCUUCUGUCCUUUCAACACUUAAAACUUGUGACUUAUCAGAAUACACUGUUUUUUUAUUAAAACACCUCUUCUACACUACCAGAUAUUGAUUGAUUUACUAUAUAAAAAAAAUAAAGCAUCUAUAUUGUAAAACAGUG